AUGGCAGCAAAGUCUCAGGUGGUCGAGCUGGCCAACCAGGUCGGUACCCUUGUCGCCGGUCUACUUGAAGAGUGGGAUAAACGGCCAUCAGAACAGCCUCCCUUUGAUUCAACAGUGUGGAGUGAGCUGGCAACGCAGCUUCAAUCCGCUACGGAGCUCCUGACAAGCCUCACAACACCUCCAGCAUCUUUCGUUCGCACCCUCCAACUCCGCCACUACGAUCUUGUCGCAUAUCAGAUUGCCCUAGAAUUCGAUCUAUUCACGGCCAUCCCGAUCGGACUAACGGCCACACUGCCGGCAAUUGCAAAUCAUUCUGGUCUGGAUUGUGGCCGAGCUGGGCGAACUUUGCGUCUCCUCGCACUCCAUGGAGUUUUCCGUGAGACGGAGGAGGAUACUUUUGGCCACACACCACAGUCGACACUCAUCGCGCAGGAUGAAUCAAUUCGCUCUGCGCUUGCAAUCCAGAUGUGCGAAAUGUAUCAGGCCGCGUCCAGCACGGCCGAUGCCAUUCAAAGCGUUGUCAAGGAAAAUAAGGAUAUCAGUCCAUUCGCAGCUAGAUUUGGCGUUCCAAUUUACGAUUACUACCAGAAACACCCCGAAAAGGCCGAUCGGUUCAGUUUGGGGAUGAAGGGGGCUAUGGAAUUGGACAAGGACUCCCUAGUGGAUUUGCAAAAUUCCUAUCCAUGGGCUCAAUUUCAGGGAGGGACAGUAGUAGACGUCGGGGGUGGAACAGGCCAUGUUUCUAGGUUUCUCGCCAAGACUGACAAGCUCCACUCUCAGGACCUCCCCUCGGUUUCCUUUGCGGUUCAAGAUAUCCUUGUCCCUCAAACAUUGGAGAAUACUACCAACGUGAAGUUCCACCAGCAUGACUUUUUCCAACCACAGCCGUCAACGCCCGAUGCAAAGGCCUUUCUGCUACGACACGUGCUGCACAACUAUGAGGAUAAGGAUUGUAUUCGGAUACUUUCGGCCCUAGUUCCCGCACUGGAAGCACAAGGUGAAACGGCCUCGCCCGUCUUACUUAUCAAUGAAGGAGUCGUGCCGGAAUUUGGAGAGUUGAGUGCCCGCGAUCUUCAUCUAACGCUCCGGCGCGGUGACUUGUGCAUGAUGGUCACGCUUUCUGCACAGGAGCGGACACGGAACCAAUUUCAGAGUCUGCUGUCUGCGGCGGACCCUCGACUUCAGAUACGUGGCGUGUAUGGCAGUGGGGUGACUAGAUUGAUCGAAGUCCAUUUGAACAGUGGGGCAAGCACUGCUUAG